AUGGACAUGGCGCACGAGAAAGACGCGAGCAGCGAGGAGGAGGUGAUGGCCGGCGAGCUGCGGCGCGGGCCGUGGACGGUGGAGGAGGACCUCCUGCUGGUCAACUACGUCGCCGCGCACGGCGAGGGCCGCUGGAACUCGCUCGCCCGAUCAGCAGGGCUGAAGCGCACUGGCAAGAGCUGCCGGCUCCGGUGGCUCAACUACCUCCGCCCCGACCUCCGGCGCGGCAACAUCACACCGCAGGAGCAGCUGCUCAUCCUGGAGCUGCACUCGCGCUGGGGCAACCGCUGGUCCAAGAUCGCGCAGCACCUCCCGGGGCGCACCGACAACGAGAUCAAGAACUACUGGCGCACGCGCGUGCAGAAGCACGCCAAGCAGCUCAAGUGCGACGUCAACAGCCAGCAGUUCAAGGACGUCAUGCGCUACCUCUGGAUGCCCCGCCUCGUCGAGCGCAUCCAGGCCGCCGCCGCCAACGCCAACGCCUCCGGGGCUCCGCAGCAGCAGCAGCAGCAGCAUGGCGCCGCCGCGGACACGCCGCUCUCGUCGUCGUGGCAGCACGGCGGCGCCGACGACGGGCUCUACGCGUCGCCGGAUGAGCUGCCCACGGACGCCUGCAGCUGGCCUCCGGGAGACUACUACCCAGCCGCCGUCGGUGAUCACCAACUACUGAACAACCCCGCCGUCGGCCCGGAGCUGUCGAGCACCACGGCCGGGUCGUCCUCCCCGUCCUCGGAUUCCGGCGCGGGGGCACAGCCCUGCUGGCUUGCGCCGGUCGGUGGCGCGGAGUGCUUCACCACCGCCUGCGACGCCUCCAGCGCCGCCGCCGUCCUGGCCGGGCAGCAGCAGCAGCAAUCGUCGUGCCUGCUCGGGGAGACGACGACGUGGGCGUCGUCCGAGCUCCCCGAGCUGGGCGUCGCGGACUUCGAGAUUGGCAGCUUCGACGUGGAGAGCAUCUGGAGCAUGGACGACAACUUGUGGUUCACGCAGGCGCAGGGCGUGUAA